AUGUCAUCUCAAGUCACAGAACUUGGGAACGGGAGAACGUGGACACUAGGUGAUAAGUUCGAGGCAAAGUAUCCUCAUCAUGAGAGCGUGAAAGCAUUGUGGGAUACGAAAUGGAAAUUUCCAUGUACGAAAAGUGUGUAUCCUUUCCAUGAUGGAAAGUUCGAAGAUUUUGAGCCCAUAUUUGAUCAUCUAAUUGCUAACAAUAUAAAUGAUGGAUAUGGUAAUGCGUACACCGAAGCCUUCUUUCCAAUUGCCGAAAAGCUCACCGCACAGGGAGAUGACGCCAUGGCUUCUGGCAAUCAAACCUUAGCCUCUAAGCUAUUUCUUCGAGCUGCUUGUGUUUACCGAAUUGCACGAUUUCCAUACAUUGGUAAAUUCCAGAAAAUAAGUUCCCAAAUUAAAUGGAAAGCAUGGGAUGCCCAAAAGGCAGUAUACAUGAAAGCUGCAACGAAAUGGGAUAGUCCAUUUGAAGAAGUCACAAUUGAACAUAUAUGUGCGGAGGGGCAAGAUCAACUCGAGAUACCACUAUACGUGAGAUAUCCUUUCAAAGGUCAAGACAUGAGGGUUCCUGUUGUUCUUCUUUUGACUGGACUUGAUGGAUAUCGACCGGAUAAUACAGCUCGCAGCGAUGAGUUCAUCCGCCUUGGAUGGGCAUGUGUGAUUGCGGAGAUUCCAGGGACAGCCGAUUGUCCUGCUGAUCCAAGUGAUCCUUCAGCUCCUGAUAGGUUGUGGACAAGCAUUCUGGACUGGAUGGAAUCAAGAGAUAAAUUUGAAAUGAGUCGUGUGAUGGCCUGGGGCUUGAGUGCUGGUGGAUAUUAUGCUGUAAGACUAGCUCAUACACAUAAAUACCGAUUGAGAGGAGUAGUUGCACAAGGAGCUGGGGUUCAUUACUUCUUUGGUAAAGAUUGGCUUGAGAAGGCUGAAGGACAUGAGUAUCCAUUCCAACUUAGUCCCGCUAUGGCAUUAAAGCACGGUUAUACCUCUGUAGAGGAAUUCCGGGACAAUGUUCAGAAGAGGUUCUCACUCCUGGAAACCGGAAUAAUCGAUAAACCCUCGACAAGACUCUUGCUUAUCAAUGGGACUUUGGACGGACUGAUGCCUAUUGAGGACUCCCAACUACUGUUUGAACACGGAACACCGAAAGAAGCUCGUUUCUUUCCUGGGGCGUUGCAUAUGGGUUAUCCAAUGGCCAAUUCGGCAGUGUAUCCAUGGAUGGAGAGGGUGAUGCUGAUGGAAUAG